GGAUUUGCAAAGCUUAUCCCUGAUGGUGCAACACAUGUAACAACAAGAGUUAAAGGUACACUUGGCUACCUUGCCCCUGAAUAUGCUAUGCUUGGGAAAGCAUCAGAGAGCUGUGAUGUAUACAGCUUUGGCAUUCUCUUGCUAGAGCUUGCUACUGGAAAGAGACCACUUGAGAAGAUGAGUCCCACAGUUAAAAGAACAAUUACAGAUUGGGCUCUGCCAUUGGCUUGUGAGAGGAAGUUCAGUGAACUGGCAGAUCCCGAGCUGAAUGGGAAGUAUGACGAGGAAGAGUUGAGAAGGGUUGUCUUUGUCUCUCUUGUUUGUGCUCACACUCAGCCGGAGAGAAGACCCACAAUGCUUGAUGUGGUAGAGCUGCUGAAGGGAGAGUCCAAGGAGAAAUUAUCCAAACUAGAAAAUGAUGAAAUGUUCAAGGCCCCUCAGGCCGCUGAUUUUGAUGAUAAAGAAAUAUCGAUUGCCGAAAACAGCUCAGACUUCAUCUCGGAGGAGAAGGACAUGAACAGGGAAGUGAAAGAGAUUGUACAGGAAAAUACUCAUAAUAGCUGAAGUAUUUGCACAUGUAAAAUUUGGUUUGAGCUGAGUUUCUAGUUGAACACAAGUAGCACUGACAAUCAUUUAUUAGAGUUGUCAGGAAUGAU